GUUGAAGAAGGGCAAGUACAGACAUUGGUACUGUUCCUCUCUCGGUUUUCUCUGUCGCUAAUUGCGUGGUUGUUUUAUUUCUCUUAUGUUUGGCUACCCAUAAACCUCACACAUUCUUACACGCAGCAGUAAAUUAAAGAUUUUUCAUUCAGACAUUCAAGAGGCAAAAGUUCCCUGUCUCCUUUGGCUUAACCACUAGUCCCUGAUGGGGAACUAAAGUUGUGGUGUUGCUGCCCAUCCUCCCUCCCAGACCUUCUCCAUUUCACAGCACGUCCUGCCUGUUCUGAAGCACCUGCAGAUCUCUACAGUCACAUCAUACUUGGUAAGUGUGGCCACAGAAAAGCCGUUGGUAGUUUUUUGAUUACUCUCCUAAGGGAAGGAGCGAUAACUGUAGAAGCAAGUGUUAAGAAUAAGGAGUUGCAAGGAGAGUUUUCUCAAGGCUAAACAAGCUCAUCUCCUUCAGCUAAUCUUGUUAUUCUCCCUCAUUCUCUCCUUUUUUUCUAGUUUCUUCUCUGAAUUAAGUAUCCCUCAUUACUCGGAUGACUUUUGUUGUCCCUUAUGGCUGUCAAGGUCAGCUCUUGCAGUGGGUAAUGCUAUUUUCCUUUUUAGAUGUCUUUUUCUUCAGUGCAUUAUGGGGUUCUGUGACUUGUAAUUUCCGAUGAGUGCCAUCCGACCAUUUAAUUCUUUGCAAUUACUAUAGUAGAUGCCAAACACAUUUGCAGUAAUUGGAUGGUACUUAGGGGAUUAGUCAAGACUGCCAAGACUCAGUCAUCCAAACCACAGCUGGGCUCUUGUGCUGUUUCCAUGGAAGCCUUGCUGCGUCUGCUGCUAAAUUUGUUUGCAAUCUGCGUUUUGAAUAAAAUCUCCCGUGCAAAAUUCUUGUCAACACUUGUGGCCUUGCUGUGUGGCCCUGAUUCUGGCAGUGGCGAUUGUGCCAUCUCCCUGAAUGGCAGCAGGUUUGCCAAUGACUCAUUCAGAGUCAUUAACCCGCUGACCCCACACAUUAACGGGCUGUUUGGGCUCCAGGUGUUGUCACUGCAGAUCCUAGAGGGUCGUUCACCAUCUUUAUGCAUCACGCAAAGGUGGCAGGUUUGUUAUUCUGCCUUUGUCUUGGUCCAUCGGGGAGACACGACUCUGGGUGCUGCUGGUAGCCCAGGAGAGCGAGAACAGAUGUUUGUUCUCUGUCCCUUGACUGGUGCUCAUCACCCGUCCCCUGUCCCCGCUCUGAGUCCUGGCUUGGCUCCGUCACUCCAGGUUUGGAUAUUACCUUCUGUUAGGUGACCUUGGCCUCGUAGAUUUUGGCUGUUUUUGCGAUGAUCUGACCAAGGACCAGGAGGUGUGAAAUUGGGUAAUGAUGGACAAGAGCUGAUGUAUCCAAGAGAGCUCUUUAAUUGUAUCCUGGAAAGGGAGGACGGGAUGCAUCCUGUGAUGCUAUUUUAAUCGGGAGUGAUACCAGCUGCUUAUGUCUUUCUCAUAUGCCAGGAAGAUUUGCAAGCCUUGGGUUACAAUUCCCUGAGCGUGUUCAGACACUGACAGGUUUGUGUAUUGAAGGGCGGGAGUGCAGUGGUUUAGCAGGAGAGAGUGAAGUGGAAGUUUGCAGCUCAGGAAAGCUUAUCAGGAAAAGGGCUUAAGUAGUUCAUCAUUAUUAAGUGCCAGUUGCUGACGUAAGAGCAUCAGAUCAGAGCUGUGAAGUGCUUUGCUGGGCUUGAGAGCCUGGUGGGGCGGCUUUAUUUGGAGGCUAAUUGAAUUGCAGCUCAAAAGAGACGUUUCCUGUCAUUUAUUAUAACAGGGUGAAUGAGCUGGAAUGGAGCAGCACUGCCGCAAGCAGGUUGCUCAGCUCUCUGCCAGUUGGGCUAAACUGGCUCCAGUCUGGUCCCGGCACAGCUGGGACACGUCAGCCUCUCGCAGGUGGUGACACGGAGCUGGUUUAGAGCAUCCCCAGCCUCCGGAGCUGAGCUCCGCUGCCAGGCCCAUCUUCCCAGCUCAGGAAUCAUAAGCAUUGGCCAAGAGGUAAAAAAGUGAUAUUCAGGAGCAGGGUUUCACCUUUUAGUCAGUGGUUGAUGUGAAUACAUAUUUUAUUAAAACCAAUCACCUUUCAGGCCUUUGGUUUAACAUCCCUCACUGAUGCUUUUAGUGACUGACCUUGGAAGAUGAAGACAUUGCAAUCCAGCUCUGCGUGAUGCUGCUGAUCCAGCUAUCGCUGCACUCCAUCUCCUAGCGAUGUUCUAUGUGCAUUUUUGUUUCAUUUCUGUUAUCUGACUCAGCACCAGCUCUCUCACAGGACAGGGCACGAUGGAUUAGUUUGAUUAGAUGUGCAGUGUUUUUCUGUCCUCUCCCUGAAGCGCCUUCACUUCUUGGGUCGAGGGACAGGAGCGGAUAAACACCCCAGCUAAUGAUAACAAGGCCUGCACGCGGUUUGGGAGAUUCAAGACUUGGGAGGGCAAGCUGGAACACAUUCAAAGGCUGAAAAUGGCUCUCCUGGAAAGGAUGAGCUAAAUAUACUCCGAAACUUUGAUUCCUCACUCCUCCGGGCACGGUCAGAUGCUCCUGUGGGUAACGACAAAGACACUUUCCACAGAUUCCCUUUCUAGGCAAAAUAAAUGUUUUCCUAAGAACUCCCGAAAGAAAGAUUUGCACUGUGGCUGGAUGCUCAGGGGUCCUAGCUCGGACAAAUGUUGAAGCUGAUUUUUGUCAGUUUUUCAUUGACAAGCAGCAACCUACUUCUUAUUCACACUGCAAAGUCACGGUGAGGAUUAAAAGAGAAGCUGGAUGGAGCAUUUUUCACUGCAGGCUGCACACGUUUCUGUUCUUGCAUCCAAACCCAUCACCUGCAAAAAGCAGCUUAUGGUUGAUGUUGCUGAUUUCCGUAUGUUUCUGUGUGCAUGAGCUGUGGUUUAAGAGCAACUUCCUCCUCCAACCUGUUCAACCCUUCCCCUUAUGCUUUUUUAAGAUAUCGACCUACAAGUAUAAUACUAUGAGAAAAAAACACUAAUAGAGAGCUGACCUCUGCUUUUUCCGCUGUCCAUUUCCUUUCCAAAAUAGUUUAUCUCCUACUUACAUCCCCUGCUCCUCGUCUCCUUUCUAUUUUCAGAAGCUGGUCUGGCGCCUGUUUCUGAGGGAUGAUGCAUCUGCAGCGCUCGGGCAUUUGCUGCAGGAGCGUUUCCAGGGUGUCUCAGCAUCUUGUGAGUCAACCCUGGUGUGUUUGGGAGCCGAUGUUCCCUGGUGAUAGCUCAGCAAAGGGUGGAGUGGGGGUCACUGGGGGAAUUAGCACCUGGGGGUGAUGGUUUGGAACAGAAAGGGGCACGUCCAGCAGUCAGUGGUGAACGGCCAGGGCUGUCUGCCAUUGCCUGGGAAACGCACCGUCUCUUUUGGGUGCAAUUUAAAGAUAUUAUUGGGCUGAAACGUUUGUAUGCUGCAAUGUCAUAAAGAGAUAGAUGUGACCCUGCUGUGUUUCAAAUGCCGCCGUGUCAUGGCAAGGGUCUGAAGUUUAGUUUCCACAGUCCUGUUAUGCGGCGUUUACGGGCUCGUGACUGGACUGAGCUCAGCUCUGGGGAGCUGAACGCCAAAAUGCGACUGACAGGUGGAAGGAAACGUAGAUGAGAAGCAACCUGGGCAGGCAGGGCUGUGUGUCUGUGACUACGUGUGAAUAACGAGCAUAAACGUUACCAUGAGCACUGUCCACCCUUGUGGUUUAAGUAACGAUCAUUUCAAAUGCCUCUGUUAGACUGGGAGUCACCGCUUGCACUACUCGUUAGUGAACGACUCUUAUCUCAGCGAGGGUUAAACUAUUAAUUUCCUUCUGGUAUUUCAUCAGACAGCAUGUUCUGUAUCUAUAUGUGCCCAGCCCAGCACUCACUGCGCAUUUUAGUGAGAUGUGAUGCUGAUUGAUCCCUUAACCACACACAGAAUUUAUUUAUUAGUUUCUCAAGCUGGGUUUUGGGUGGGAAGAUGUAGUAGCUGGGCAGGUAUUUUGGAUAGCUGGUAAGGACCGAAGUUCUUGUUGCAACCGCGUGCUGUGUCGUCACGUAAAGGCUGAAGAAAAGCUUUAAUACUGAACAGGAAGAGACUGUAGCUGUGUCGUCUUGGGUGCUGUAACACGGCUUCAUGCUAUAACAUGUUUCACUAUAAAUGUUCUAUGGCUGUCAGGGAGAGAGUGAAGCUCGGGAGCAAAACUGAGGCGAGGGCUUCCCCAGAGGAUAAAUGAGCUGGAAAGCAGCUAAGGAAGGAUCUUGUGUUAGCGCAGCUGCCGGUUUCUGACCUGAAAGCUGCUGCCGGCGAGCAGCUGACGGGAGGGAGGAGAUCAGCCUCUGAAGGGGCUGGUGUGUCGGGUUUCCAUGCGGAGCACGUGUGGAUAAUGCGAGCGGCGGACACCGCUGCCUGCUCCAGAGCACAGGGCGAGCCGGGAGCAUGGGGCAGGUGGCUUGGAAGGGUUUAUUUCUAUCGCUUUUUGAUUAUAAAACAGAGAAAUACGUCAUUGCGAAGAACAAGAAGGUGGGGAUUCUCUACCGAGUGGUGCAGCUCUCCAUCCUGGCUUACCUGGUGGGGUGGGUGUUUGUUGUCAAGAAGGGCUAUCAGGACACGGACACGUCCCUGCAGAGCUCGGUCAUCACCAAGCUGAAAGGCGUAGCCUUCACCAACACCUCGGAGCUGGGGGAGAGGCUGUGGGACGUCGCAGACUACGUCAUCCCUCCACAGGGUGAAAAUGUAUUCUUUGUCAUGACGAAUCUGAUUGUGACCCCAAACCAGAGGCAAGCCACAUGUCCUGAGGUAGGAAGAACUGAGCCCCUUGGCCCCCAGACCCCUACAAAACCGGGGAGUGCCAGCAUUCCUGAUGCCCUGUGUCACAAGGAUGGGGACUGCCCGGCCGGGGAAGCGGUGGUGGCCGGCAAUGGGGUUAAGACUGGCCGUUGUUUGAAAGACAGGGACAGCAUCAGAGGGACUUGUGAGAUACUGGCCUGGUGUCCAGUGGAGAAAAGAUCCAAGCCCAAGAAACCACUUCUUGCCGCAGCAGAAAACUUCACUGUUUACAUCAAGAACUCAAUCCGUUUCCCCAAGUUCAAGUUCUCCAAGACAAAUGUGCUGGCAACCAACGACGAGUCCUACCUGAAGAGCUGCCGCUACAGCACGGAGCAUCCGUACUGUCCCAUCUUCCUCCUUGGGAACAUCGUCCAGUGGGCUGGGAGUGACUUCCAGGAAAUGGCCUUGGAGGGUGGUGUGAUAGGAAUUCAGAUUGAAUGGAACUGUGAUCUUGAUAAAGCCCCUUCUGAAUGUAAUCCUCACUAUUCUUUUAGCCGGCUGGAUAACAAGUUUGCAGAAAAGUCCAUCUCUUCUGGGUACAACUUCAGGUUUGCCAAAUAUUACCGGGAUGCUGAGGGGGUUGACUACCGGACACUCAUGAAAGCGUAUGGAAUCCGCUUUGAUGUGAUGGUGAACGGCAAGGCAGGGAAGUUUAACAUCAUCCCCACCAUUAUCAAUAUCGGCUCAGGGCUUGCUCUCAUGGGAGCGGGAGCUUUCUUUUGUGACUUGGUGCUGCUGUAUCUGAUUAAAAAGAGUAACUUCUAUCGAGGCAAAAAGUACGAGGAAGUAAAGUCCAGUUCCAGGAAAUCAUUAUCCAGCCCCACACUGAACGGGAAUCAGAGCCCUGAGCAGCUCGGGGGGCUCUAGGCACAGCGAUGGCUCUGCCAGCUGGACUUGCAUUCCGGGGAAACCACGCAGGUGUGAAAUCACACCAGGACUGGGAGGUGGAGACACCCCAGAUCAGAUCUACUCUCUAUUAUUGGGAUUCCCAGAGGAAAAAAAAGUCCUUUAAAGAACACCUUACUUUCCCUGAGAUGUUCUUUGGUAUCCUGAGCUUGCAACAGUGUGUUGUCAAUAUGGAUUUAUAAAAGGAUUUUAUAAAAGGAAAAAGAAGGCACCAAAUGAAUGGUUUUGUACCUCUUGAUAGAUCUCUUUGUCCCUACAUCAAUAGCCAGCGUUAUCCCGUGGCUGUGCUUCGCUUCCACGCGCCGAAGAGCCGUGAUGUGACCCAGCACCGGCACUCGAGGAGGGCUGAGAUCCAACCCGUCUCCUGCUCCCCUGCCUGUGGCCGCAGCUGCCGCCUCUCGCUUGUGUGACUCACAGGAUAAAGCUGUAAAGCAGCAGGACAGCUCUUGUCGGGAAGCGUGAUGAAGUUCAGCAGCUCUCAGAGCGUGGGGGAAAGAGGAUGAUUAUCCUGUAACACCUUGGGCCUGUGUCAGAGCAGGGGCAGUUGCUGUUAGGGCUAGAAACGGUGCUUCGCCAGGAAAGCCUUCGCAGCAGCUGCAAUGAGGCGCUGUGCUCGUCUCAGGAGCAGCAGAAGGUCCUGCCGCAGCUCCUGGUGGAGAAUUGCCCGGCCCCCUCACCCCCGGCCACCGGCUCCACUUGUAGUUGGGCCAGAGAACCAUUUCAGAGCACAAAACGGGUGACAGGGGUAAUCUGAAGUAAGGCAGGACACACAUUUUUGUGGUUGACAUUGGGGGAAAAAGGGGUUAAUGCACUGAAAAGCAGCGUGGUGCUGGAGUAUCUGCAUGGAGAUGGUCUUGGGUUCUCCCUCCUUUGUUUAGCGGUUGGUUUAAUCUGCUCGGGAUUGUCCAUUUCUGCAUCGUGUACCAAUCGUUCAUAGUGGGGAGAGAUCCGGAUGGGAGACCUAAUGCUUAUGCCUUUUUUCAUAGUACAUUGAGCUGUACUGCAGAACUGAAUUUAAGUCUUCAUGCCCCCCAGAUUCCAUAGAAUAUUUCCCUUCUUUAUACCAUCUAUUUAGCACGAUUCCCAUAAUCAUUGUUGUUGAUGAAACAUAACCAGAUUCCCUCUCAGGAGCUGCUUUUUUCCUCCUUGUAUUAAUGUACAGCAAUAAAAUGUAUCACUUUAGGGGAAUGUUCCCUGAGACUCUUCUGCAAAGUGUGUUCUUUAGGUUGCACACCCCACCUUCUCUUUGUGAUACACACUAAUGCUAAGCAAGCCAGUUAUGAGUAGAGCAAGUAGAUACCUGUUAAUGGGCAGCAAGUGCUGGUUGUUUUCUGAGGCCAUUAAUCUGUCAAAGCAUUAAUUACUGCGGGAAUUCCAACCUUGAUCAUUUUUCCCCCAAAAGGAAACACCACAGAGGUAAUGUUUAUAGUAUCAAAUCUACCUUUUGUAUAAACCUGCAUUUUACCAGUUGAUUUUUUUUUCUGUAAAAUAUUUUAAACUAUUUUAUGGUGUAAAAUCUGUGUGCAACAUAAAAAGGGAAUAUCAGACAGUGUUCCGGUGAAGCAAUGACUAGUUCAAAGAACAGCAUUACCCACAGGGAGCAGUGUGUGUUCUAGAAGGAAAUACAGGACAAAACCCAGUUGUUGUACAAGAAUUUGAUCACUAUGUUCAAUGAGUCUCUAAACAUCUAAUUUGCACAAGCAGAUCUAUAGCAAAGAUAUUACCUGUACGGUGGGUGAUAGAAUUUUCCCCUCUGUUUCUGUCAGAGACAUAUGGAACCACAACAACGCACUAUUCCAUUACAGAAAAUCCCAAGCAGCUCACAAGCAUGUUCAGCACAGAGGGAGCUGCAGGCUGCGAGAUGCUGCACUGACCUGUCAUUGGACACAACAGACUAAAAAGGAGCAAAGUGUUUGACUUGCGAGAGCAUCACGUAUCGAGUUUUGUCUAUGUCAGUGAAGAGUAACCGUGACAACGUCAUUUAUUGGUAGCGUGUACAUAGAGCAAUUUUGGAAAUAACGUUUGCACUAGCAACUCAACUACGUUUCUGUACCAAAACUUUACAUACAUUUAAUUACAUGCUACUGUGGAGUA